AUGUCUUUAGAUAAUGAAAUGUCUUUGAGGGACCGGCAGAUCGCCAUUAUAGAAAGGAUGUUAAUGUUUAACACGAGCUCUGCUUCAGCUGACCUAAAUCCAGGGUUAGAAGAACAAGAACUUGUUUGGAAAGUUUUAGUGCUAGAUUCAAAGAGUACAGCCAUUAUUUCAUCCAUUAUGCGCGUUAACGACUUACUGAAAUCUGGGGUAACUGUACAUUCACUUAUUAAACAAAACAGAUCUCCACUCCCUGAUGUUCCUGUUAUAUAUUUUGUACAACCCACUCAGGAGAAUAUUGAUUUGAUAGUGCAAGAUUUAAAGAAUGAUAAGUAUGCUGAUUUCUAUGUUAACUUCACUUCGUCGUUAAAAAGGGAGUUUUUGGAGGAUUUUGCAAGGCAAGUAUCUGCAAUAGGGAAAGCCACUAAGAUUAAACAGGUUUAUGAUCAAUAUUUGGAUUUUGUAGUCACAGAAUCCGAGCUCUUUUCAUUGGGCAUGGAAAACGCCUACAGUUUGAUUAAUGAUCCUCGAUCAAGCGAGGAUACGAUUACGCAACUGUGUGAUAAAAUUGCCAAUGGAUUAUACAGUGUUGUGUUAACUCUAGGUUCAACUCCAAUUAUACGUGCCCCAAGAGGUGGACCAGCCGAGAUGGUAUCCCAAAAGCUAGAGAGUAAAUUACGUGAUUAUGUUAUCAGCACCAGAACUAGCACCGGUUCUAAUAUAAACAAUUCUUUAGAAAGAUUUGUGCUGGUUAUUUUGGACAGAAAUAUUGAUUUACCAUCUAUGUUUGCACAUUCCUGGGUUUACCAGUGUUUAGUGUUUGACGUUUUUAAAUUGGCCAGAAACACUAUAACCAUACCUUCUAAGAACGAACAAGGUCAAGUUGUAAAUAGGAAGAUGGAUAUUGAACCCAAAGACUUUUUCUGGACUGCAAACGCACAUUUACCCUUUCCUGACGCUGUUGAAAAUGUAGAAGCAGCUUUAGCCGGAUAUAAGGCUGAAGCAGAGGAGAUUACUAGGAGAACAGGAGUCAAUAAUAUCGGCGAUUUGGAUCCCAAUUCCCAAAAUGACACAAUCCAGAUUCAGGAGGCUGUCAAUAAAUUGCCACAAUUAACUGCCAGGAAGAACAUCAUUGAUACACAUAUGAACGUUUUGGCUGCAUUGCUAAGAGAAUUGGAAAGUAAAGGUUUAGAUGCUUUUUUCGAAAUUGAACAGGCAAGUGAUUCUGUGAAACUUAGACAGUCUUAUUUAGAGAUAUUGGAAGAUGGUAGGAUUAAUAAUUUGGAAGAUAAGUUGCGGACCUUUAUAAUAAUGUAUUUGAUGUCUCACGAUGGCCUUCCUAAAGAUUUUGUCCAAAAGGUUGAAAAAUACUUCCAAGAAAAUAAUUAUGAUACCAGUCCAUUGAAAUAUAUUUACAGAUUUAGAGAGUUACUAAAAUUGUCUACUAUGCCAUUGAAAAACGACGCUAGCGUGAAUGAUAAUAAUGCGGGGGCAAACACCAACUCAUCUCAGUUGCUCAGUGGUUUAUCCAAUAAACUACUAGGAUUAACUGAGGGCAAGAUCCAAGGUGGCGUUGGUUCGUUAAUAUCUGGCAUAAAGAAACUUUUACCAGACAAGAAGGCUAUUCCAGUGACCAAUGCGCUUGCUUCAAUCAUGGAUCCUAUGGAUAGUUCUCAUGAUAGUUUGGAAGUGACUGAUGAUUAUUUGUAUUUUGAUCCUAAAGCAGUACGUGGUACACACUCCCAGAAACCGAAGAGACAGUACUACAACAAAGCUCUUGUAUUUGUUGUUGGGGGUGGGAAUUACCUCGAAUACCAAAACUUGCAAGAAUGGGCUCAUCAGCAAGGUUCUAAAAAGAUUGUAUACGGCAGCACUGCUAUAACUACACCUAGCGCUUUUCUUCAAGAGCUGGCCCAGAUUGAGUGA